AUGGCGGCUGAGGGAUACGAAGGAGUAUUGGUUUAUUUUGGGUGUGCAGGGUGGCUGAAGAGGGUUUAUAACAAGGUUGAACAUGAAAUGAUCGAAACGGUGAAAAUGACGAAGAGCGUUGGGCGAGAUUCGAGACGAAUUAUUCACUCAAUCAAAGUUGCUUUGGCCAUCACUUUGGCUUCGUUUUUCUACUACUUUAAGCCUCUUUAUGAUAGCUUCGGUGCCUCGGCAAUUUGGGCUAUUAUUACCGUUAUUGUCGUCUUUGAAUUCUCAGUCGGUGCAACCAUUGGCAAGGGUUUGAAUAGAAUGAUAGCAACUAUAUUAGGAGGAGCCCUAGGGUUUGGAACUCAUUACUUAGCCAACUUAUGUGGAGAUAAGGGCCAGCCUCUCAUUCUUGGUGCCCUCGUCUUUGUAGUAGCUGCAAUAGCAACUUUCAUGAGGUUCUUCCCAAGUAUGAAGGCAAGAUAUGACUAUGGGCUUUUGAUAUUCAUCUUGACGUUUUCAAUGGUGGCUGUGUCAAGUUAUAGAGAUGAUGAAGUUCUAAAGCUUGCUUCUGAUAGGUUUCUAACCAUUGUCAUUGGGAGCUUCAUUGCUGUCUCCAUUUGCAUUUUUGUUUGCCCUAUUUGGAUUGGUAAUGAUCUUCAUGACCAGCUUGUUAACAACGUUGAAAACCUUGCCACCUUCUUACAAGAGUUUGGAGCUCAAUAUUUUAGAUCAUCACAAGGAGUUGAGCAAGUGAACAAAGCAAGCAUGCACAAAUACAAAACCAUUCUAACUUCAAAACAAAGUGAAGAAUCCAUGGCUAACCUAGCAAGAUGGGAGCCAGGGCCUCGCAAGUUCGGAUUUCGCCAUCCAUGGAAACAGUACCUAAACAUCAGUAGCUCGACUCGAGAGUGCGCAUAUCGCGUUCGAGUGCUCGAUGUCUACCUCGAAAAUAACGAUCAAAUUCAAAUUGAGAGCCAAUUCAAAGAGGAGUUUCUAAGAAUGUGCAAUGAAUCAGCAAAGGCUCUAAAAGAAGUAGCAAUGGCAAUCAAGAAAAUGGCACCACCAGCCUUGGCAAGUGCUCAUAUUGAAAGGGCAAAGGCCACAACGGAGCAUCUGAGCUCCCUUUUGGCUAACCAUCGGUUUGUGGGUUUGGAGAUGAUCCCAACAGCCACAUUGGUUUCAUUGCUAAUUGAUUUGCUUUGUUGCAUUGAAAAGGUGGCAGAUUGUACUCGAGAAUUGGGUUGUGUAGCCAAUCUUAGAAGGGGUGAGUCGCUGGGUGCGGUGGUGCCAGCGGCUGAUCAAGAUUUGAUUCAUGUAUGA